AGCCCCGGACCCAGGAGGCCCAAGGAGCUGGAGGUGACCCUGAGGCAGCAAGACCCCAGAGGAAGGGUGUGAGCCCCGCAGACGGCUGUGCGGUACCCCAGGCUGGGCUCCUGUUAGGAGGGGGUGCCUGUGCCCAGGCAGCGGCUCAAAGGCAGCUGCUCCAUGCAGAACUGAAGCUGGUUUUGCAGCAGAAGCAGGAGCCUGGGGCCCGGGUGACUCCCAGCAGUGCCAUGGAGGCCAGGAGCCGCAGUGCUGAGGAGCUGAGGCGGGCGGAGUUGGUGGAGAUCAUCGUGGAGACAGAGGCGCAGACCGGGGUCAGCGGCAUCAACGUAGCAGGCGGCGGCAAGGAAGGAAUCUUUGUCCGCGAGCUUCGGGAGGAUUCGCCAGCGGCCAGGAGCCUCAGCCUGCAGGAAGGAGACCAGCUGCUGAGCGCCCGUGUGUUCUUCGAGAACUUCAAGUACGAGGACGCAUUACGCCUGCUGCAAUGUGCCGAGCCUUACAAGGUCUCCUUCUGCCUGAAGCGCACUGUGCCCACCGGGGAUCUGGCGCUGCGGCCUGGCACCGUGGCCGGCUACGAGAUCAAAGGCCCACGGGCCAAGGUGGCCAAGCUGAACAUCCAGAGUCUGUCCCCUGUGAAGAAGAAGAAGAUGGUGCCUGGGGCCCUGGGGGCCCCUGCAGACCUGGCCCCUGUUGACGUCGAAUUCUCCUUUCCCAAGUUCUCCCGUCUGCGUCGGGGCCUCAAAGCUGAGGCUGCCAAGGGUCCCGUCCCAGCUGCCCCAACCCGCCGGCGCCUCCAGCUGCCUCGGCUGCGUGUCCGAGAAGUGGCGGAAGAGGCUCAGGCAGCCCGGCUGGCCGCUGCCGCUCCUCCCCCAAGAAAAGCCAAAGUGGAGGCUGAGGUGGCAGCAGGAGCCCGUUUCACAGCCCCCCAGGUGGAGCUGGUUGGGCCCCGGCUGCCAGGUGCUGAGGUGGGUGUCCCCCCGGUCUCAGCCCCAAAGGGGCUGGGAGAGGUGGCCCUCCACCUGCCAACCCUUGGACUAGGAGUCCCCGCUGCACCUGCUGUGGAGCCCGUGGCCCUAGCGAUCCAGGUCCCCCAAGUGGAGCUGCCCACCUUGCCCUCACUACCCACUCUGCCCACACUGCCCUGCCUGGAGACCCGGGAAGGGACCGUGGCAGUGACGGUGCCCACCCUGGAUGUGGUAGCGCCUGCCGUAGGGGUGGACCUGGCCUUGCCGGGUGUGGAGGUGGUGGAGGCCCGAGCAGAGGCACCUGAGGUGGCCCUGAAGAUGCCCCGCCUCAGUUUCCCUCGUUUUGGGGCUCAGGCAAAGGAAGUCACUGAGGCCAAGGGUAUCCCCGAGGCCAGGGCGAAGGGGCCUAGACUUCGGAUGCCCACCUUCGGGCUUUCUCUCCUGGAGCCCCGGCCAGCUGCCGCCGAAGCUGCUGUCGAGAGCAAGCUGAAGCUGCCCACCAUCAAGAUGCCCUCCUUUGGCAUCGGGGUCUCGGCCCCUGAGGUCAAGAUGCCCAAGGGGCCUGAGGUGAAGCUCCCGAAGGUGCCAGAGGCAGCCCUUCCAGACGUGCAGCUCCCAGAGGUGGAGCUCCCCAAGGUCCCCGAGAUGAAGCUUCCAAAGGUUCCCGAGAUGGCCGUGCCCGGGGUGCGGCUCCCCGAUGUGCAGCUGCCGAAAGUCCCCGAGAUGAAGCUUCCGAAGGUGCCUGAGAUGGCCGUGCCUGAGGUGCGGCUCCCCGACGUGCAGCUGCCGAAAGUCCCCGAGAUGAAGCUUCCGGAGAUGAAACUCCCGAAGGUGCCCGAGAUGGCCGUGCCCGAGGUGCGGCUCCCCGACGUGCAGCUGCCGAAAGUCCCCGAGAUGAAGCUUCCGAAGGUGCCCGAGAUGGCCGUGCCCGAGGUGCAGCUCCCCGACGUGCAGCUGCCCAAGGUCCCUGAGAUGAAGCUUCCGAAGGUGCCCGAGAUGGCCGUGCCCGAGGUGCGGCUCCCCGACGUGCAGCUGCCGAAAGUCCCCGAGAUGAAACUCCCGAAGGUGCCCGAGAUGGCCGUGCCCGAGGUGCGGCUCCCCGACGUGCAGCUGCCGAAAGUCCCCGAGAUGAAGCUCCCGAAGGUGCCCGAGAUGGCCGUGCCCGAGGUGCGGCUCCCCGACGUGCAGCUGCCGAAAGUCCCCGAGAUGAAACUCCCGAAGGUGCCCGAGAUGGCCGUGCCCGAGGUGCGGCUCCCCGACGUGCAGCUGCCGAAAGUCCCCGAGAUGAAGCUCCCGAAGGUGCCCGAGAUGGCCGUGCCCGAGGUGCGGCUCCCCGACGUGCAGCUGCCGAAAGUCCCCGAGAUGAAACUCCCGAAGGUGCCCGAGAUGGCCGUGCCCGAGGUGCGGCUCCCCGACGUGCAGCUGCCGAAAGUCCCCGAGAUGAAACUCCCGAAGGUGCCCGAGAUGGCCGUGCCCGAGGUGCGGCUCCCCGACGUGCAGCUGCCGAAAGUCCCCGAGAUGAAACUCCCGAAGGUGCCCGAGAUGGCCGUGCCCGAGGUGCGGCUCCCCGACGUGCAGCUGCCGAAAGUCCCCGAGAUGAAACUCCCGAAGGUGCCCGAGAUGGCCGUGCCCGAGGUGCGGCUCCCCGACGUGCAGCUGCCGAAAGUCCCCGAGAUGAAACUCCCGAAGGUGCCCGAGAUGGCCGUGCCCGAGGUGCGGCUCCCCGACGUGCAGCUGCCGAAAGUCCCCGAGAUGAAACUCCCGAAGGUGCCCGAGAUGGCCGUGCCCGAGGUGCGGCUCCCCGACGUGCAGCUGCCGAAAGUCCCCGAGAUGAAACUCCCGAAGGUGCCCGAGAUGGCCGUGCCCGAGGUGCGGCUCCCCGACGUGCAGCUGCCCAAAGUCCCUGAGAUGAAACUCCCAAAGGUGCCCGAGAUGGCUGUGCCUGAGGUGCGGCUCCCUGAUGUGCAGCUGCCGAAAGUCCCCGAGAUGAAGCUCCCGGAGAUGAAACUCCCGAAGGUGCCCGAGAUGGCCGUGCCCGAGGUGCGGCUUCCCGACGUGCAGCUGCCCAAGGUCUCGGAGAUGAAAGUCCCUGACAUGAAGCUCCCUGAGAUGAGACUCCCGGAGAUAAAACUCCCCAAGGUGCCUGAGAUGGCCGUGCCCGACGUCCACCUCCCGGAGGUGGAGCUGCCCAAGGUGUCGGAGAUGCGGCUGCCAGAAAUGCAGGUGCCCAAGGUCCCAGACGUGUAUCUUCCAAAGGCGCCCGAGGUAAAGCUGCCCAAGGCUCCAGAGGCACAGCUGAAAGCAGAGAAGGCGGAGGGGAUGGAAUUUGGCUUCAAGAUGCCUAAGAUGACCAUGCCCAAGCUAGGGAGGGCAGAGUCCCCAUCGCGAGGCAAGCCAGGUGAGGUGGGGGCUGAGGUCUCCGGGAAGCUGGUGACACUUCCCUGUCUGCAGCCAGAGGUGCGCCCCGAGGCUCGUGUGGGUGUCCCCUCUCUCACACUGCCCUCCGUGGAGCUAGACCUGCCGAGGGCCCUCAGCCUGGAGGGGCAGGUCCCGGCAGCCGAAGUGGGCAAGGUGGAGCGGGCAGAGGGCCCCGGGGUACCCGCAGGGGUCGGGGAAGUGGCCUUCCGGAUGCCCUCUGUUGAAAUCGUCACUCCACAGCUGCCUACAGUGGAAGUGGAGGAAGGGCGGCUAGAGGCGAUGGAGAUGAAAGUCAAGCCCUCCUCCAAGUUCUCCCUGCCCAAGUUUGGACUCUCGGGGCCCAAAGUGGCCAAAGCAGAGGCUGAGGGGGCUGGGCGAGCCGCCAAGCUGAAGGUGUCCAAGUUCACCAUCUCACUCCCCAAGGCCCGAGCCGGGACUGAGGCUGAGGCCAAAGGGGCGGGGGAGGCAGGCCUGCUGCCUGCCCUCGAUCUGUCCAUCCCGCAGCUCAGCCUGGACGCCCAUCUGCCCACGGGCAAGGUGGAGGUGGUGGAGGCUGACGUCAAGGUCAAGGGGCCCAGGUUUGCCCUGCCCAAGUUUGGGGUCAGAGGCCGGGACGCUGAGGCAGGAGAAUUAGCGCCAGCGGUGGCCGAGCUGGAGGGCAAGGGCUGGGGUUGGGAGGGGAAGGUGAGGAUGCCCAAGCUGAAGAUGCCCUCCUUUGGGCUGGCUCGAGGGAAGGAAGUGGAAAUCCAGGGUGCGCGUGUCAGCCCGGGGGAAAAGCCAGAGUCCAUGGCUGGGCAGCUGAAGAUCCCUGAGGUAGAGCUGGUCACCCUGGGGGCCCAGGAGGAAGGGAGGGCCAAGGGGGCGGUGGCCGUCAGUGGAGUACGGCUAUCAGGCCCGCAAGUGUCCGUGCCCAGGCCGGCAGGCACUGAGGGCCAGGAGGGGGCGCUGAGGAUGCCCCUGGGCAUCUCCCUGCCCCAGGUAGAGCUGCCCGGCUUUGGGGAGGCCAGCCUGGGCACCGCCACUGGGCAGCGGGCCAAGGAUACAGCCCCGCCAGUGGAGGGCACAGCGGGCUACAGGGUCCAGGUGCCUCAGGUGACCUUGUCUCUGCCUGGAGCCCAGGUGGCAGGUGGCGAGCUGUUGGUAGGUGAGGGCGUCUUCAAGAUGCCUGCUGUGUCAGUGCCCCAGCUUGAGCUGGACGUGGGGCUGGGCCGAGAGGCGCAGGUGGGUGAGGCAGCCACAGGCGAGGGUGGCUUGAGACUGAAGAUGCCCGCGCUGGGGGCCAGAGCUGAGGCCGGGGAAGAGGGGCGUGGAGAGCAGUCCCCAGGGGCCGAGCGCACCUUCCACCUCUCGCUGCCUGAUGUGGAGCUCUCGCCACCCGCUGUGGGCAGCCACGCCGAGUACCAGGUGGCAGAAGGCGACGGGGAGGCCGGACACAAGCUCAAGGUGCGGCUGCCCCGCUUUGGGCUGGUUCGUGCCAAGGAGGGCGUUGAGGAGGGUGAUAAGACCAAGAGCCCCAAACUUAGGCUGCCCCGAGUGGGCUUCAGCCAGAGCGAGGCGGUCACUCGGGACGGCUCCCCCAGCCCUGAGGAAGAGGAGGAGGAGGGCGGCGGGGAAGGGGCCUCUGGGCGCCGAGGCAGAGUCCGGGUGCGCUUGCCCCGCGUGGGCCUGGCCACCCCUUCCAAGGCCUCUCGGGGCCAGGAGGGCGAGGCAGCCCCCAAGUCCCCUGGCGGGGAGAAGUCGCCCAAGUUCCGCUUCCCCCGGGUAUCCCUAAGCCCCAAGGCCCGGAGUGGGAGCGGGGACCAGGAAGAGGGUGGAUUCCGGGUCCGGCUGCCCAGCGUGGGGUUUUCGGAGACAGGGGCUCCGGGCCCUGCCAGGAUGGAGGGGGCUCAGGCUGCAGUCGUCUGAAGCCCCAGGGCAGAGAGAGGGUCCCCUCCCAUCUUCCCAUUCCCGCCUCCUCCUUGUUUUGUGUGUGAGAUAACUAGAACUAACCCUCAGAGGGCCGGAGGGGGUGGUGGUGGGUGACAGACCGGGACGGGCCAGGGAGGCCUCAUGCCUGGCUCACUGGCAGGAGUGCCUGUAUCUUGUCAAGCCAUGUGAAUAAAAUAAUCCAGAGGUAGCCUUGCGUUCGGUUUCCUGUGUGUGUGUGUGUGUGUGUGUGUGUGUGUGUGUGUGUGUGUGAGGGGAACAAGGGAGGUUGCAGAGGGUGCAGGGAAAGAGGUCCCCAAGGAGGGGGACUACUUGAGCCUGGCCUGAGGAGAGCCUGUGUUGGGGGGAGACACCAGGCCACGCCAGGUCUGAAGAGAGUCAGGGAAGAUUUGCAGUGGGUUGGGUGGGAAGGGGCCUGCUCUAGCCAUUCAGAAUUUCCCAGGGCCUCUGAGCAAGACCCCUGUGCUGAGACCUCUCUGGCUGGCCUGGAGGAACACCUCCCGCCAGGACCUCCCUGGGGAGCCCUGAGAGAGCAGAACUAUUGCUACCCAUCUGCCCUCUGCUGGCCGCCUUCUCAUUGACAAGAGCACCUCCACAUCCCAGCGAUUGCUUUCCUGUCUGGCUGGUUUGACUGCCCCGUCCGCCCCGGCCCCACCGAGGAAGGCCCCUCCUGGUCCCCUCUCCAGGCUCACGGGUUCGGAGCCUCCACCCCAGAUACCUGGCUGCCUCUUUUGACUAGGUCCCAGGGGCCUCAGCUCCCAGGGACCCAACCCCACGCAGGAUCUAAGCCCCCACCAAGGGGCUCCAGACUCUCCCACAUCUUUCUGCGAUGCCCCAGACUGGGCCAAGAAGACACUCUGUCCAGUCCCAAGCGUGUCCCCCCCCCCAUCCCGUCGUAUCUGUCCGUCCACUCUCCUCACAUCCGGCCGUGCCCUUGAGUUGUCACACACCCCUGACUUACUCCAGCACCUUCUCCCUUAAAGCUGGCCUCCCUCGGGUCACUGCCCACUUUCUCUUCUUCCCCACCAAACGUGGCAGGAAUGAUUUAAACCUAUGGCACACACCCUUUGCCCAGUCCCCUUCAGCAUUUGGGGUCUCCCUCCCACCGCGUCUGACCUGUUAGUGUCCAUAGUGACCUCUCUGUGGCCACGCUGAGGGC